AUGUUCCUUUCAAAGUUGGCCCGAAAAGGGAUGGAGCUUACCAAAAUUGUCCAGUUGUUGGAUGCUUAUUGCUUACCACACUUGGCAGAAAAGUGGGAUAAUGUCGGUCUCCUAAUAGAACCUUCUCUUCCACACCAUGUGGACAGGAUUUUUAUCACAAAUGAUUUGACAGAACAAGUACUCAAUGAGGCGAUUUCUCAAAAAUGUGGUCUGAUCGUUUCAUACCACCCACCAAUUUUUUCUCCUCUUAAAAAGCUUACGCAACAGCAUUGGAAAGAGCGUAUAGUUAUACGUUGUAUAGAAAACAAAAUUGGAGUAUUUUCACCACACACCGGGCUUGAUGCAAAACUUGGAGGUAUCAACGAUUGGCUUUUAGAACCAUUAGCUGUCAAUCGAAGAGAAAGUUUAUCGCGAUCACCAAUCACUCAAACUUUAUCCAGGUUGACUGUUGUUAUGAAUGAAAAUUUCGGAGACUUUGUCAUAUCCACAGGAGUAGGAGUGUGUGCAACUAAUAUUAAGAGUAAUGCUGGAAUAACAGCUAUUGUUACUUGUACCGAGUCCGAUUUAAAACGUGUCGUAGAUGUGACUGAGGAUUUUAAAAUUUCAGUUGUUAGUAUCGACACUAUUCAGAAGACAAGUGAAGAAGGAUGUGGAAGACUGGUCACUCUACAGUUCCCAGUUCAUCUAAAAGCAGUUAUCGCUGCCUACAAAAAAUUUCUGAACAUGGGACAUUUAACUGUAGCCCCAGGACUAGGUAAAACCCUCGACUGUCCAAUUAAAACAGUUGCUGUUUGCGCUGGUUCCGGUGGGUCGCUUUUAUGCCAAACACCAGCCUCAUUUGCUGCCGAUUUAUUUAUCACUGGAGAAUUAUCUCAUCACGACCGUCUUGAGGCUGUUUCUCGCGGUAUUUCUAUUAUUUUAGCUGGGCAUUCUGUUACAGAAAGAGGAUUUUUCAAGGAAAGAUUUAUCCCAGACUUUCGUCAUCUUUUAUCAACUGUACAUAAUGCCGGUGAAAUCCCACAUGUGGAAUUGUUAUUAUCCGAGGCAGAUCAUGAACCAGGUUUUGUUGUUUAA